UUAUUGGCUGACAGGCAGCACAGAAGCUCCUCCCCUUAGGAUUACUGGGCGUGGCUGUAGUCUGUCCAGGAAGAGUUGCUCGGGUCAGAUACAGGCAGCAGCAUGGAGAGCGGGGCGUACGGGGCGGCCAAGGCCGGGGGCAGCUUUAACCUGGAGGAUUUCUUGAAGCGCCCGGAGACCAUUAUGAGGCUGCUCAGCUCGGUGUUUGCCCUCAUCGUCUUUGCCUGCAUUCUUACGGAGGGCUACGUCAGUGUGCCUGAUUCCUUGAUUCAUUGCAUCUUUAAUCAGAACAUUGAUGCUUGUCACUACGGCGUGGGAAUCGGUGUUCUGGCCUUCAUUGGAGCGCUGGUCUUUCUAGCAUUAGACAUCUACUUCCCUACAGUCAGCAACAUUAACACUCGAAAGUACAUUGUGCUGUCGGACCUGGGCUUUGCAGGUUUAUGGACGUUCCUGUGGUUUGUUGGAUUCUGCUUCUUGGCCAAUCAGUGGUCGGUGACAAACCCCGACUCAUAUGUGACUGGGGGUGAUGGUGCCCGGGCGGCUAUUGCCUUCAGUUUCUUCUCCAUUUUGUCCUGGUUCCCUCUGGCAAGUCUGGCCUACAAGAGGUACAAGAUGGGAGUGGACGACUUCAAUACUAACUACAUUGAUCCCAACUUGGCCCCCACAUCCCCCUAUUCCAGCUAUCCGGAUGCUGUCAGCGAUAACUACCAGAGUCCACCAUUCACACAAAGCCCAGAGACAGACGAUGGCUACAAGCCGCCAACGUACUGAGGAUCCCACCUCUAUACACCCAGAGCUGUAUAGACGAGUCGCCGGAGGCCAGGGAUGCAGACUGUCAGAUCUAUGGCUUCCCGAGCCUGGCUACGCUCUUCCGCUUCCUAAGUGCCUUAUCUAGUGCUGCCAGCAGAGAGAUGCGUGGUCAUCGCCACAACCGAAGCCACGUCCAGGAACGCCAAUGACUUCUCACUGGCGCGCGUUUGAAAUCCUAUAGCCGAAAUUUAGAUUUUUAUUUUUACUUUUGUUGUUUUAAUUUACUCACUCCAAACCAGAGGCCACAUUUUGAAAGGUCGUUAAGUGUGACCUAGGCUCAGUCACUGGAUAUUUAGGCUACAGGUACACACAGCCAAGUUGUGAAGUUCUCCUUGUGCUUAACCCCCCCUCAGAUUUGCUUAAGGUAGACCUCAUGAUGAAUCGUGUCGCUGCCCAUGUUAAAAGCCUUCAGCUCUAUAUAACAGAAGUGGUCCCUUCCCUCCAGUAUAUAAGAUCCUGUGUAAACCACAUGACCUGUUCACAGGGUUAAAGAAAAACUAAACUCCCCCCGCACUAACCAGAGGUACUGGCUGGUAGUGCGGGGGACGCUGAUCAAUAUGCCUCCUACCAUCUCUGAUCCGUCCCACCAUUCGCUAGUUAUCUUCAAUAUUUUUGAUAUGCAAAUUAUCUUCUAACUUGCAUGGGCGGGGUUACAAGGCUCCGUCUGGCACUGUGAUGUCAGUGCCGCUUGUCCACAGCACUGCCCGGCUUAUGAAUAUUCAUUCUCUCCCUCUCCUCCCCGCUCUGUAC